AUGGAAGAUGUUUCAAGAGGAAGUGUAUAUGACCAAAAUCUUAGAGGGUUGCCAAUACAAGGUAGACAUACUGGGCCCUUAGUGCAUAGUAGCCAGUGCAUAGCCAGGCACACUGAGGAAUUUGAAUGUGCUGCUGACAACAAAGCCUUGCAGGGUACUGAAAACCAGGAAGAGUUAAGAAUUCUUAGAGAUGAACUUAAAAGGCAACCAAAGAUAGCUGCACAGGAAAAAGAUCAUGCCAAGGAGAAGAGAGAAGAGCUAUCCAUGGUACCGGAAAGAAUGGCAGAAAUGGCAGAGAAGCUAAACGAAGUGCUUCAGAAACUCCAAGAGACACAACAGCAACUUUUUAGAACACAAGAAGCUAUGAGUAAGAUGCGGGUAAAGGUGACUGAAGCAGAGAGCUUAGAGAAUGAAUUCAUGAGCCAAGCACUGGCAUUGGAGCGUCUGGAAACUGAGAGACUGUCACUUCAGCUAGAAAGAGGGAGGCAGUUAUGGGUGAAUACUAUAAAAUUGUUUAAAUUUCACUUACUGACCAAGGAACUACAAACAAAAGAAUUACUAAGCAUUGUCGAUGCAAAUCUAAAAGAGUGCGAUGAAAUCAUCAAAGGUCUAAGAAGAACCAUUUCUGAAAAGGAAGCUCAAGCAGCAACCGCCCAGGACACAGCACAAUCUGACCCUGAAUUACAGGCAGAGCAUCUAGAAACUGAAGAAGAAUUUAACCUUGAAGAAGCUUACCAUUGCCUGAAAAAGCAAAAGAACAAAAUGGACACUCUAAAAAUGAGCCUCUCCCAGAAGGAAGCUGAGCUCUCCAGUAUGCGGGAACAAUUGCAGUUGACCACAGCUGAACUAGAGAGAAGGGUUCAAGAACUCUGUGAGAAACAGGAACAAUGUAAUCUAAAAGGAACUAGUGAGGCUCAAGGGAGGAAGGAUGAACUAGAGCAAGUAAGGGCACUUCCCCUUGCCAUGGACAUAGCCCUACAGAAUGCGGAGAGUGACAGGUUCUGCUUGAGUAAACAACCUGAAGAAAGUCAAGAGGAAAUGAAACUUCUAAUUAAGAAAAGAGAAGAGCUGAGAAACACAAAAGAGGCCCUUCAUAUAGAAAGGGAGCAGCAGGAGAGCAUCAAGGAAUUGGGCACUAAGGUUCAAGAACUUAAGACAAGUGAGCUUCAACUUCUUAUGUUAAAAGAAGAUGUAGGUGAAACCCAGAAGCAGCUCAAGGGGCAGGGAGAUGGAGAUGGAGAAUUUAAACCUUGCUCACAAGACUCCUCAGAACCUCUCAAAGAAGAAAGUGAUGACCUAUCACGAAUAAAGAAAUAACUGCUUGAAGACAGCCUAAGGGAAGAUGAGGAUAAGACUCCUCGGAGACUGACAGAAUGCCUACCCUGCCGUUUAUUGUGACCUCCCCCAGCCCACUGUUCUCAAGAAUAUCAGUCAGCAACCUGAUCCGCCCACCUUCUGAAGAGCAAGAAGAACCAGUUUCCAGCCUUCAGAGGAGGGACUUGACCUGCCUUUGUAUCUUGGGAGAGAGGGAUUAAAGAUGGAGAGCUGA